CCAAGAUGUCGCAGCCCAAGAAAAGAAAGCUUGAGUCGGGGGGCGGCGGCGAAGGAGGGGAGGGAACUGAAGAGGAAGAUGGCGGAGAGCAGGAGGCGGCCCUGCCGCGACCCCGGAGGGCUAGGCGGGAGCGGGACCAGCUGUACUACGAGUGCUACUCAGACAUAUCGGUCCACGAGGAGAUGAUUGCGGACCGUGUCCGGACCGAUGCCUACCGCCUGGGCAUCCUGCGGAACUGGGCAGGACUGCGGGGCAAGACUGUGCUGGACGUGGGCGCGGGCACCGGCAUUCUUAGCAUCUUCUGUGUGCAGGCCGGGGCCCGGCGCGUGUACGCGGUGGAGGCCAGCGCCAUCUGGCAACAGGCCCGGGAGGUGGUGCGGCUCAACGGGCUGGAGGAUCGGGUGCACGUCCUGCCGGGGCCGGUGGAGACGGUGGAGUUGCCGGAGCAGGUGGAUGCCAUCGUGAGCGAGUGGAUGGGCUACGGACUCCUGCACGAGUCUAUGCUGAGCUCUGUGCUCUACGCGCGGACCAAGUGGCUGAAGGAGGGCGGUCUUCUCCUGCCGGCUUCCGCCGAGCUCUUCGUGGCGCCCAUCAGCGACCAGAUGCUGGAGUUGCGCCUGGGCUUCUGGAGCCAGGUGAAGCAGCUCUACGGGGUGGACAUGAGCUGUCUGGAGAGCUUCGCCACGCGCUGCCUUAUGGGCCACUCGGAGAUCGUGGUGCAGGGUUUGUCCGGGGAGGACGUACUGGCCCGGCCGCAGUGCUUUGCUCAGCUGGAGCUGGCCCGCACCGGCCUGGAGCAGGAGCUGGAGGCUGGGGUGGGCGGGCGCUUCCGCUUCAGUUGCUACGGCUCAGCGCCCAUGCACGGCUUUGCCAUCUGGUUCCAGGUGACCUUCCCGGGAGGGGACUCGGAGAAACCCCUGGUGCUGUCCACCUCGCCUUUUCACCCCGUCACGCACUGGAAGCAGGCACUCCUCUACCUGAACGAGCCUGUGCAAGUGGAACAAGAUACGGACAUUUCCGGAGAGAUCACGCUGCUGCCCUCCCGGGAUAACCACCGUCUCCUGCGCGUGCUACUGCGCUACAAAGUAGGCGACCAGGAGGAAAAGACCAAAGACUUUGCCAUGGAGGACUGAGCGUUGCCUUUUCUCCCAGCUACCUCCCGAGGCGCCCAGACCUGCGUGGUAGAGGCGGAGGGGGGUCAGAGGAGAAAGGGAGAACCCACGUGCAAGUAGGGGGCAAUAUCUUCUGUCUCCCUUUUCCCUCGUGGCUCCUGGGGAGGGAGAGUGACUUCAGUCUCCCUUCGAGGAGAUUCUGGGGAAAUUUAUUUAAAAAGUGAAUCCCGAUGACCCCAACGAUGGAAACAGCUUGUUUAUUAAUGGGUUUUUUUAAGUCUCAAAAGCAUGUGGUACCAAGCACUUGUAUUUCUAUAUUUUUUGUUUCACGGGAAGAAAGCAAACACACAGAAGAAAAUACCAGUUUAUGAAGGCUCGUGCACAUCCCUGACAACCUCACAUCUAAAUCUGAAGCCAGGGAGAAGGGUAAAGGGGUUUAGUUAGAUUCCGUAAAUUUCCAGUAUGACUUAAAUAUUUCUCUAGCCAUAUUCUAUCAUUCUCUAAAUUCCCUCCUUUCCUAGGUGCCUCUAGGCCUCAGUACUUCUUCCUCAUUGUUUUUUUUAAGUAAACUUUGCUUCUGGUAAUGAGAGGGAGAAGAGUGAGGAAGCAGUUUCAAUAACCCUGUUCUUACACUUAUUACUUCCAUAGGGUGCUAAAGUUGAACACAUUUCUCCACUAUAUAUAAUUGUGCAGCAUACCCCAAAAAUCUAGAAGGUACAUUUA